AUGGCCCUUGGAAAGCUCAGAAAAGCUGCCAGAGUAAUUCUCGUUGGCCCGCCCGGGUGCGGAAAGGGUACCCAAUCGGGCCGUCUGCUGGACCACUUCAAACUAUCGUCAAUCUCAUCCGGAGACCUACUGCGACAGAAUGUCAGGGCGAAAACCCCACUUGGUGUCCAAGCCGAAAGCAUCAUGAAGUCAGGCGGCCUUGUGCACGACGCCAUCAUGGUCAAGCUGAUUGUCGGCGAGCUGUCGAAGCGCGGCUGGGUGGAGACUCGUGGUAACAUGGCCUCCGGUCUUUGUCUGACUGGCCCGUUAUCGGUCAUUAGUAAACCUGGUGCUCCGGCGGCUUCUGAUUGUCCUUCAGCGAGCUUUCUGCUGGAUGGAUUCCCCAGGACGCAGAGCCAGGCAAAGUCGCUGGAUGAGGAGGUUCGGAUGAACUUGGUGGUGAAUCUGGAUGUGCCCCAUGAUGUGAUUUUGGAGAGGAUUGCUGGAAGGCUUGUGCACGAGCCUUCCGGUAGAGUCUACAACACCACCUGGAAUAAGCCCAUCAACCCGGGUGUCGACGACAUCACUGGCGAGCCCUUGACCCGUCGUUCUGAUGACCAGCCUGAGACAUUUGCCAAGCGUCUAAAGGCAUACGCAGAGGCCACAGAACCCCUUCUCGAGCACUACGAGAAGGCCGGUGUAUUGUGGACCGUCCGCGGCAAGACCAGCGACGAGAUCACUCCCCAGCUUGAUGCUGAGAUCCAGAGAAGGUUUGCCUAA